AAGCAAUCACAAGAAAUUGUUGCCUCCAAUGAAGCGUCGGCACAAAACGCAGUCAAGAAAAAUGAAAAAGACCAACCCAGCAGCAAUAAGCAACAACAGUCAAAAAGCAAGGAAGAAAAUGAUAAUCGCACAAGUGAUAAAGAUGUUCAAGAUAAUACAGACAACACAGAAUAUUUUGCUAAAAACAAGAAGAGUAAAAUGACGGUCUUUUUUCAUGCUGUUCUUGCCCCUAAUUUCAAGUUUGAUGCUCAGCAAGGUGACAGAAUCUUCAUGAGGUUUGGUGGGCCACUUUUUGGAGAUUUCAAAACUGAUGUUGUUGAGGUUUAUCCCGAAAGGUACGGUUAA